AUGUUUACACAACUCUUAUCUCAAAUAUUUUCUGGUCAAUGCCAAUUAACUUCGCUUCAUCUUGACAUGACCAAAUUACGUUAUGCUAUUCAUGAAUGUUUAAAAUCGUAUUCUUCCAAUCUUCCGUUAAAAACAAAUUCUGAUGGAUUUCAAUCGUAUUGUGUAAGUUUACGUCGUUUGUACAUUCAACUGAAAUAUACAUGUUUUCUGGAACAUCUUAUUGACCAUGUGCCCAAUCUAGAACAAUUAUCGACUGUUUUUCCAAAAUUACAACGUGAUAACAAAUUUUAUGAUUCAAACUCUGAAAGACCGAUACUAUCAAAUGAAAGUUGGGUUAAUAAAGUACCAAAAUUAAAAUGUUUUAUAUUGAAGAGUUCUAUUGACAAUGAUUUUGAAUUUGUUUAUUUAAAAUGGCUUCUUAAUAAUCUUAAUCAUAUUAGAAAGCUUAAAAUUUAUUUAAGAAGUCCAACAAUAUGGAGACCAGAUCAAUUAAUAUGGAAAUAUUUUAUUGAUGGAAAUUUUAUUCGUCAAUAUUGUUUACCUGAUGAAAUAAUUAAUUUAAAAUCCUUUCAUUUUUAUAUUGGUAGAACAUAUCAAUUAUCAUUAGAUGAUAUUGAAAACACAAUUAAUUCUUUUAAAAAUCAUCCUUUUUUUAUAUUACAUCAAUGGACAAAUAUUAAAUGCUUAUAUGAUAAAAAUGAGUCAUAUCAACGUAUUUUUUCUUCUAAUUUCAAUAAAGCACAACUCUCUGAUAGUUUAUUUACUCAACCAUAUAGGUAUGACUGGUCAAAUACUCGACGUAUUUGGUUUGUUUUUGAUCCAUCUCUUUAUUUAUUUCUCGAUCAAUUGGAUAAACAAUGUCCUAAUGUUUCUUCUAUCGCAAUUCAUACAGGUUAUUAUUUUUCUCAAUUAGUUUUGGUCAAGAAAAAUACGUUAACAGAUCGAGAUAAAGUACGUGCGAAAAUAUUUGCUCAUCUUCUUUCAAUGCCUGUUCAACUCAAACAUCUUUUUGUUAAAAAAUUUGAAUGGUUAUUAUAUGUUAUUCAUUAUGCCGCUGAUGAAUUACGAAAAAACGCAUUAACUACUAUUCAAUAUGCUGAAUUUGGUAUUCCAAGUUGUAAUAUUGGUAGAAAUGAAUCGAUUCAUAUUGGUAAAAAUCUUGUAUCUAUUCUCAGUACUUAUAUGCCACAUUUACACACAUUACAACUAUGGAGACCAGAUGAUUUUCCUUGGACAUCUCAUGAUCAUGUAACGGUUUUUGAACAAGACCUUUCUCAAUUAUUUGAUCAAUUGAAAGAAUUUAUCUUUGUUGAUAUUUGUGGCAUAAUUCCUCGUGAAAAAGUAGAACCUUAUCGUUUAAUGGCUCAAACUCGUUUUCCAAAUAGUCGAAUUGACGUUCAACUAACAAGAUUUCGUCUUUGGAUAUAA